GACGUGAUGCUGCCUGUGACCCACCUGCUGGCCUUUGGUGCUUGGCUGGUGGCACAGAGUAAAGCUACACUAAGUGCCCCCACCAUCUCCAUCUUCCUGAAGCCACCAGGAGUGAUCCCACCAGGAGGCUCCACCACCAUCCGCUGCAGUUGCCAGUGUUACAACGGGCACUUUGUGCUCUACAAGAACGGCGACCAGCUCCGUGCCCUGGAGCUGCGUGGCAGCAGGGCCGAGUUCUCCAUCUCCAGUGCCACCCAGAAGGACGAAGGUCAAGGUGUCUACAGCUGCCACUACAUGGGUGGAGGCGCCGUGCUGGCCCGCAGUGAGACCCUGGAAGUCAUGGUGCGGGAGUUCCAUCUCCCCAAACCUGUCCUCUCUGUCCUGCCUGGGCAUGAGGUGACUGCAGGAGCUUCUGUGACUUUCCAUUGCACCAUCACACACCCCAAGGCCGGCUGUUUCCUGCAGCUGGAGGGCCGGAUGGAAGUCCUCAGCAUACUCUCAAAGGAAUGGGAUUAUUUCAACCUCUCCCACGUGCAGACGGGCGACAGUGGCCGCUACAGCUGCCAGUGCUUCAUGAAGAAUUCUUCUCUGGAAUGGUCUGCUGCCAGCGAGCCCGUGGAUUUGGUGGUGAGAGAUUACACCUGGAGCAACGUGGUGCACCUGGCCCUGGGGGCCGUGGUCCUGCUGCUGCUGGGGCUGUGGCAGCUGCCCUAA